AUGGCCUCCUUCUUUCCCAAAUUUCAGAAACUGUCAACCUCUUCGUCUCUCUCUCUGCCUUCAGCUCCGCCUCCUACCCCGGUGGAUUUGGACCGCACCGCCACAAGGGUGGUACCCCAGAGCUCCCCCGCCGUCACCGUCGAGCCAGCCGCUGCAAUUUCUUCGAUGUCAGACCUGAUUACACGUCGUAGGGCUGUGACGACCACGCAGGGUUCGGAGCCCCCGACUCAGCCUACAGCUGCUGCCACUGCUGCAGCAUCUGCUGCCACUGCGCCAGCACUGAUGGACCACUUGGCAGUUGGACCUGCGGGGUCCCAGGCGCCUGCCUCAUCAGCGUCAUCAGUGGCGCAGCCUGUUAGCGCCAGGCAGCGUCAUCGGCCCGCCAGCACCACCGACGCCACAUCCACUGAUGCGUCGGGGUCACAGCCAGGUUUGCUUGAGGAUCCACAGCAGAAGUACUCAACAAGGGAUGAUGAGAAUGAUUUUCAGACCUUUGAGGAGUUUGUGAAGGAAAAACUUAAUUCAGUUGGUGAGCAUGUGGAGUUUUGCAUGGUAAAUUUGUACACUCACUUACCAACUUCUUGCAUUUCACUAGAGGUUGUGACUGACAUGAUUGGAGCUCUGGAUUUGCUCAAUUCUCUUAAAUCUUUACUGCGUGAGGUUGGUUUUGCUAAUGAGAGGUCACAAUUAGUUCUAAAAGAUUUUCUUCGUAAACUGAGGUCGCUUCGUAAAUUUUGUGUUCCUAAUUUGAAAAAGUUGGAGAAAAUAAGGAAAUUCUGCUUGGCAAAUGCUUCCUUAAUAUUUUGCACCGUGUCAAGCUCUGCUAAAUUGCAGACAGAGGAAAAGGCACCCCUGGAUUUGUUAGUGAUUGAGGAAGCUGCUCAGCUUAAAGAAUGUGAAUCAGCAAUUCCUUUGCAACUACCGGGUCUUCGCCAUGCUGUUCUCAUAGGAGAUGAGAGGCAACUCCCUGCUAUGGUUAUAAGCAAGAUCUCCGAGAAGGCUGGUUUUGGAAGAAGUUUGUUCGGAAGACUUCUACUGUUGGGACAUGAGAGGCACCUUCUCAAUGUCCAGUAUAGAAUGCAUCCAUCAAUCAGCUUAUUCCCAAAAAGGGAGUUUUACAACAACCAGAUAUUAGACGGUCCAAAUGUCAAGCAAGGAAGCUAUGAGAAGUGCUUUCUUUCGGGAAAAAUGUACGGAUGCUAUUCCUUUAUAGAUGUAGCCAAUGGACAAGAAGAAUUUGAUCGCGGGCAUAGUCGGAAAAAUAUGGUUGAGGUUGCUGUGGUCUGUGAGAUUGUUGCAAGCCUAUACAGAGAAUUUAUUCAAACAAAAAAGAAGGUUAGUGUUGGGGUAAUAUCACCUUACAAAGCUCAAGUUAAUGCAAUUCAAGAGAGAGUCACAGAAUACAGUGAAGUUUCUGGCACUGAUGGAUUCUCUGUAAGUGUGCAAUCUGUUGAUGGAUUCCAAGGUGGUGAAGAUGAUGUGAUAAUUAUCUCCACAGUCAGAUGUAACGAGGAAGGAUGUGUUGGUUUCAUUUCCAAUCUUCAAAGAGCAAACGUGAUGCUAACGCGUGCAAGGCACUGUCUUUGGAUUUUGGGCAACGAAGCAACUUUGAUUAGAAGUAACUCUAUUUGGAAGAAGCUAAUUCUUGACGCAAAGAAACGCAAAUGUUUUUAUAAUGCCGAUGAGGAAAAGAACUUGGCUCAGGCCAUUGCAGUUGCCCUCAUGGAGCUUGGCCAAGUUCAUAUUCCACUUAAUUCUGACUCUCUGCUGUUCAAAAAUGCCAAAUGGAAGGUUUGCUUCACCAAUGAAUUUCAGAAUUCCAUACAAAAGAUUAAGGACACUGAGAUCCAUCGGGAAGUGGUUUCCUUAUUAACAAAGCUCGCCAAUGGUUGGCGCCAAUCUCGCAAGAAUAAAAUAACUAUAGUCCAUGGGACUUGUGCUCAAGUGUUACAGAAGUACAAAGUUAAAGGGCUGCUGAAUCUCAUUUGGUCUGUAGAUGUUCUCCAGGAGAAUUCAGAUUAUGUCCAGGUUUUGAAGAUUUGGGAUGUUCUUCCAGUUUCUGAUACUCCCGAACUUGAUAAGCGGCUUGAGAACAUGUUUCGUAGCUAUACAACCGCUGAGAUGAACAUUUGCCUGCUCAGAUGUGUUGAUGGAGACGCAGUUGUCCCAAUUAGAAUGCCGGUGGAUUCGAGCAGCUCCCAUGAGGCUGAGGCUGAUCCUGUGCAGGUUCUUUCAAAACCAUUAUCUUCACUCAGUCUAAAAGAUGAGCCCCAAACAUCAAGCAGUGAACCACAGAGUCAUAGGUGA